UUUUUUUACACAAAAUUGGCGGAAGAUUAUUUCAAAUAUUCAAUUAUGUAUGUGUGUACCAUUUGUUAUACCGAAAAUGACUUGGUGAUGUGUUUGCACGAAUGAUCACAACGAUAAACAUGCGUAUUUACUUUGGUAUGAAUUACGCAUCUCGCUGCAGACAAUGUUGCCAUAUUCAUUCAUGUUGGAAGACAUUGUCAGUUGAACGUUUUGUAAUAAAUGAAAUUUUUUCGUCUUUUUCAAAAUAGUUCUGAAGACAAUUUAAUAUUGACAUCAAUAUACUAAAUUAGAAAAUCUGAUAACAUAGAAAUAAGGUAUUUCAUUGAAAGUUUCCAUUCAACAACUAAUAUUGCUUUAUCUUCUGAAGUGAUUCAACUUUGGUUGGAAUAUGGCAACACUUAAAACGAUACCGCAUCCAUACGCACUCGUUUUUGACGGUGAUGUUUCAGACAGAGAAUAAGAGUGGUUGUUUAGCAUUUAAUAAAAGUGACAUUGAAUUUGCGUUCAGCUCAUGUCAUCCAAUGUCAACGACAUACAAAAUAUAUAAUUGGGUCAUAUAUGAACAUACUUUAAAAAGCCAAAAAGAAUCAACUACACACAACUGUGUGAGAAAUAGUGAAAUAAAAUUUUUUCGGCAACAAGCGAACAAAAAAAAAAAAAGAAUCCAUUGAAAAUGGUGUAGUUGUGUGUUUGUGUGUUCGAAAAGUUUUCGUUGUAGCAUUCCAAUUGUAUAUAUCCAAUACCUUCACUUUUAUUUUCAUUUCCAUUUUAUUUUCUACUCCUUCGUUUCUUUGCGUGCUGGAAGAAGCGGUCAAAUUUUUUCUUAUUUAUCAAUAAGUUUAUAAAUAAAUCAUUGAGUAUCGGAAUCGAUCGAAGCGGUCGUGUAUGUUUUCGGAGCUAUUUAACUUCGUUGCGGGCAUCACUUUGUUUUUAUUUGUAAUCCAUUACCUUUGUUAUAUCGUUCAAACGUUGUCGAUAAAUCCGAGUGCCGAACAAAAGCCAACAAAUAGCAGUGAUUGCGUCGCAACCGAUAAACAACGUGAAAAUUGUCUUCAAAAAUCGACACGGUCUGUUGCAAUGCAGUCAGAAGAUGCAAAAUAUAUCAAAAAACGUUUGAAAGGAGGCAGCAUUGAACCACAUCCCACCGAAAAUGCCCUAAUCAUCAACUAUACGCUGGAAGCGACUGUGUUCAAUGAGCCUGGUGAUGCGAUGUUAGAAAAAUCAAAGAAUUGUCAACGCAUUUUACGGUUGCCAGCACAAAUCUCGCGUGUCGAUCCAACUGCUCUUGCCAAAGAAGUCGUGGAAAAAUGUGACAUCAUCCAUAAAUCGCAAUUAGCUGAAGUUCAACAAAUCAUUUACUAUUUACAAAAACGUAGCGAAAGCGACGGUUUCGACGCUAUGAGCAGAAGUGCUGGUUCAUUAAAGCAGUCACGCCUUAAAUCGGCGUACGGCUCAGCUCACUCGAUAAAAGACGCCUCGUCCGCUGAACCAGAGAAAGCAUCCAUUCGAAAGAUUGACGAAUAUGUUGAUUUACUGUACGAAGACUUGCCCGAACGCAUUCGAGGCUCAGGGUUUAUUUUGCAACUCGCACGCCAUCCGGAUGUCCUUGAGGAACUUCAGAAAAAUGAGGCAGUUUUGAGCGCAUUGUCUCGAGUUUUACGUGAGGAUUGGCGAAAAAGCUUAGACUUGUCCACAAACAUCAUUUUCACCUUCUUCUGUUUUUCCACUUAUUCUCAAUUUCACAACGUCAUCACGCAAUACAAAAUUGGGUCAUUGUGUAUGGACGUGGUUGACAGUGAAUUGAAACGAUAUGACACGAUGCAAUCGGAUUUGGAGAAUUUUAAGAAAUCGUUUGAUAAUUUGAAUGCAGCAGACAAAGACCAAAGCAAGAGUUUUGAUGAUUUGGAUACUCUCAUGAAUGAAGAAAAGCCAAAAGAGAUGGAACCGCCUCGAAGACGAAUUCCCGAGUUGAAACAGCGGCCAAAAUCGGGAAAUUGGUCGAAUCAAACGAUGAGUAUGACUUCUUCAUUGCUGCGAAGUCAUACGCUGAAUAAUAGUUACCAUGAUCGUCUAUCGUCGUCAAUGAUGAGUCCAACAAGUGAUACUCCGCCUAUAGAUGACAAUGCCCGCAAUGACCCAAAGCGAAACAAAGAAGAAUUUGAUCGGCGCAACAAACAGUUGCGUGUCUUUGCAAAGAAACAGGAACAAUUGAUACGUGUAGCAUUCUACUUGCUUUUGAAUAUCGCUGAGAAUACAUCGUACGAGGAGAAAAUGUGCAGAAAAAGUAUAAUUCGAAUGUUGGUCAAAACUUUAGAUCGACAAAGUGUUGAGUUGCUGGUGUUGGUCGUAACAUUCCUGAAGAAACUGUCGAUCAUUCGUGACAAUAAAGACGAGAUGAAUCGAUUGGAUAUCGUCAGUAAAUUUCCAAGGCUGCUACAAAGUUCCGACACAGAGUUGCUACAAGUCACACUUCGGCUCAUUUUCAACCUUUCCUUUGAUGCCUCGCUACGAUCGCAAAUGAUUCGAAUUGGCCUGUUGCCAAAAAUGGUAACGUUUUUGAGCGACGAAAAACAUCAUGAAAUUGUCACGAAAAUUUUGUACCACAUGAGCAUGGAUGAUAAAGUUAAAUCGAUGUUUACAUACACGGAGGCUGUGCCCUUGGCCAUCGAUAUGCUACUGUUGAAUUUAAGCCCAAAAGUUGACAUGGAUCUCAUUGCUCUGUGCAUUAAUUUGGCAUUGAAUAAACGAAACGCCACACUCAUGGUUGAAAACAACCGCUUGCACACAGUGAUGUCGCGCGCAUUCAAGUAUCAAGACUCACUUCUGAUGAAACUGGUGCGAAACAUCUCACAGCAUGAAAGCCUUCGCAGUCAUUUUGUGGAUUUCGUGGGUGAUUUAGCCCAAAUGCUGACAAUAUGCAAUGAGCAGAAGUUUACGAUCGAGUGCUUGGGAAUUUUGGGCAAUUUAUCAUUGCCUGAUUUGGAUUAUUCAGCUAUAAUUUCGAAUUUUGAGCUCAUUCCUUGGAUUAAAAAAGUGCUCGUGCCCAACAAUAAAACCGACGACCUUGUUAUGGACACCGUAGUAUUUUUGGGCACUUGUGCUUGUGAUGAAUUAUGCGCGAUGUUACUGUGCCGAUCUGAUAUCGUUUUGGCUUUGAUCGAACUCUUGAAGGCGAAACAAGAGGACGACGAAAUGGUACUUCAGAUUAUUUUCGUCUUUCAGCAAAUUCUUCGCAAUGAAAGCACACGAGAUUACAUGAUUAAAGAGACUCAAUCGCCUGCCUAUUUGAUUGAUCUGAUGCACGAUACCAAUCCGGAGAUUCGCAAAGUGUGCGAUUACUGUUUGGAUGUGAUUGCCGCCACAAACUCAGAAUGGGCAACUCGCAUUAAGCUGGAGAAAUUCCGUAAUUACAAUUCACAGUGGCUUGAGAUGGUGCAGCAGCACCAAGAAGAAAGUGAUAUCGAUACAUUCUAUGACCCAAUGGAUGCCGAUGAUGACAACGAUCUGCCCGCCUAUUUGCCAGCCGAUUAUAUCUACCAAUCACAGCAGCGAGCGCAAUCUGACGAUGCCACUUCAACCAACAGUUCGGAAAUGCGUAAUUCAUCAGCCAAUCUGAAUAUGAAUAGUCGACCUGUUAGUCGAUACAGCCGAGAUUUCGAUGACUACGAUCCGAUGAAUGCGAGCACAAAGAGCCGUGAUGAAAUCGACAAACCCGAUAUGACCACAACAAAGAAUAUCCGAGCUGAUUCUGCUGAUGUGGAAAUCCUAACCGAAUUCGAAUAGACAUUUUUUUCUAGACUAACAUAAAAAUACUUACCGCGCAACUGAAAUUAGGAAAAGAAGUUACCUCCAAAAACCAUUUUCAUGUAGUAAUUUUUUCUAACGAAAAAUCCAGAAAAAUGCUUUGAAAAAGAUAGGCGUACGAUUUGCUUAUUUAGUGCAUUCCAACAUAUUGUUCAAUUGUACAACAGAGAAUUGUAUUUAUCAUUUAUUUUUGUUUCGCUAUUAAGUUGUUUUCCUUUUAAUUUAUCACAAGUUAUAAAACAUGCAAUAGACCUAAGGUUUUAACUAUGCUUUCAAAUGAAAAGACCGCGACGACGAUUUCAUUUCUAGUCUUUCACCACUGGUUAUUCUUUACUUUGUGUGAUAUUUUCAUAACAAUUUUUUUUCUUUUAUACAUGAAAAAUUCUGUUAUUUUAAGCUUAAGUGCAAUUUCAUUUGUUUGAUAAAAAAAACACAUUUUAUUUCUUUAAUAAUGAACAUUGUAUACAAGAUUUCGAAAAUUUUCGAAUAAAACGCUAUUCAAUUCUUAAACAUGAAAAA